UUUGAUGGGGGACCGGGGCCGCCGGCCGCUUGAGUCGUGUGAACGACGGCCCAAAGAGACUCGUUGGGUUCAGGCGAAGUGGGCAAGAGCGAUUAUUGGGCUGUGCUCAUCGAUGAGCUCUGACGCGGGCGAAACUUGCGUGCUUCUCUCAGACACUGUCAGCUCAGGGCGCCGGGGUCUCGCAAUGGCGCAGUUUUCAUCAGGGCACGACUGCUGUGUCCCGAGCUCAGCACUGCACCAACAUCACAGUGCGCGCGUGGUGUUGUCAAUAGUCUCCGAGCCCGUACGGGCCUAAGGGCCCAGAACGCAAGCGGCCAGCAACAAACAGCAGUAUGAAAGUUAUAGAUAAUACGUUUUAUGAAUUUAGCAAGGGCAAGGUUAUACAGGCUUGGGAAAAGAGAAUUUCAAACUGGAGCUGUGCGAGGGAAUGCGUAGAAAUAAGCGUAGUGACAUUCAGUGGAGACCGGGUGGGUGAGUUGUAACAUGCCGUGUGAUGGUGGAGUACUGUGGUAGGCCGAAUCCGCAACAUGGGUGGAGGAAUUAAAUGAGUGAAGUUCACGGAAACAGUAGCCAUGCUCAGCGUAUAUACAGCCCUGGAGCAGAGCGUGAGGCGAGUGAGCAGCCUUCACUUCGCUCUGAACAUCGACCCCUUGGACGUGCAUUCCUCGUCCCACAGGGUGGUGAACGUGAGUCUGCCCGUGCGCACGCGCAGCAACGGCACCCUGUUCGCGCACGUGUUUGUACAUCGUGCCGGGGAGCUGCCCUGGCAGGACGAGCAAGCGGUGCACGGGGUGGCGAUGCUCACCACGCACAUGGUGCCGCGGCCCGACGUGGUCAACCUCAUGACCCACAAUGAGUCAGCACAAGCAGCACCCAGAGAGGACCCGGUCACUCAUUGGCGCUCGCAGCUCACACUCUCCGUAAUGGCCGACGCUGUCUCCCUGGACCCGCGCGCUGUGCCUGCCGAGCUCAUGCCAUACUUCACCAAGUCACCUCGAGACAAACACCACUACCUGCCUAUUCUUUACGUGGAUGAGCUGAGCAACCGCAUAAAGGAUCUUGUUGUUGUCCAGAGCAGUGUGGGCAUGCUGCCCCUGUCAGUGCACUUCAGCCCCAUCUCCCUGAGCCGCCUGCGUCUAUGGCUGCACAUGCAGCAUGCCAUUGAGUCCCUGCAGCAACUGGGCUUCACAGAGAAGGAUGUGGACGAAGUGAAGGGGAUCUUCGCCGACACAAAUCUCUACUUCCUGGGUCUCACCUUCCUCGUGGCCGCCUUCCACCUGCUGUUUGAUUUCCUGGCUUUCAAAAACGACAUCAGCUUCUGGCAGAGCAAGCGCGACAUGGUGGGCAUGUCUGCCCGCGUAGUGCUAUGGAGAUGCUUCAGCACUGUGGUCAUCUUCCUUUUCCUCAUGGAUGAGCGCACCAGCAUGCUGGUGCUACUGCCAGCCGGCAUCGGGACGUUCAUUGAGGUCUGGAAAGUGACCAAGGCUUUCAAGCUCAAGCUCACGUGGCGUGGUUGGCUGCCCAAAGUGGAGGUAGGGCCCUCGUCGGCUUCGGAGAGAAAGACGGAUGAGUUUGACUCUCAGGCGAUGCGCUACCUGUCGUACGCCCUUUAUCCGCUGUGUGCCGGUGGGGCGCUCUACUCACUUCUCUACGUCUCGCACAAGAGCUGGUACUCGUGGGUGAUUAACAGCCUGGUGAACGGAAUCUAUGCCUUUGGCUUUCUCUUCAUGCUGCCACAACUCUUUGUCAACUACAAGCUCAAGUCUGUUGCUCAUCUCCCCUGGAGAGCGUUCAUGUACAAGGCAUUCAACACAUUUAUAGAUGACAUCUUCGCCUUCAUCAUCACCAUGCCGACGUCUCACCGCCUCGCCUGUUUCCGUGAUGACAUUGUCUUCCUUAUCUACCUCUAUCAGCGAUGGCUCUACCCCGUGGACAAGUCUCGCACCAAUGAGUUUGGAGUCUCCUACGGUGAGGACGACGCGUCCGGGAAACCCGUGCUAAGGCAGCCGAGCAAAGCCAAGCACGAGUGACCGCACUCGGCUUGGCGGCAGAGGAUCGUCGUGGAUGCCCGUCGUACAGACUCGUUACCGAAAUCGCCACGCGGCCCCCGCCGGUUUGUAAUGGCCACCGCGCCCUGGCCGUGCCAGCGCGACUUGGCCCUGGGGGGUGAUGAGAGGUCACCGCAACGCAGUUGAAACGAGGAAUCGAAUUCGGCCACCGCGGUGCCAUCGGCGUCCAUUAUUUAUUUUUUUAUAUUCCGUCACAGAAUCACAUGCGUCCCACUCAAGCCAGCUCGUCGCGGUCACAUUUUAAUGGGCAGGGAGCACACAGGAAGUGCGCAAGUUGGUUGCGGGACGAGCCGCGACCCCCAUGCAGCAGUGUUUCCCGGUCGCGCGAACAUCGUGUUUGUGGAGCAGUGGGGUCGACUCCUCCCAUAUGUACGGAACCCUCGUCCUGUAUCCCUGUGCGUUUCUAGUUUGAGCGAGUGUCUUGUAAUGCUUUAAUGAUGGAUGAAAGCAGACAUUGCUAAUAAACCGAGAGCUUUGAGUAA